CUCCGGACACCGUCAAAGGCAGUUGCUUCUCAUCGACAUCAGACUUUCUAGGAAUCAAUGAUCAGAGCUGAUCAGAGACAUAUUUCAUCCCAACCAUCGAAGAUAUACACCUUCUGUCAGGCUUUUGCAUACAUGACUGCAAAAUUUCUCAUUCCGUGAGGUUCUAUAUCGAGGGCGAACUCUCCUCCUGUUCGUUUGUAAGCGGUCCUCCAGCUGUGCUCAAUUUUCUGACAUUUCAUAUACAUAGCAUGAUAAUCUUUUGGCAGAAUAGACGCCUGCAUAUAUCUUUCCGAGAAGAACAGCGUUUCGGGCAGGCUCACCGUUCUCUUCUUGCCAUAUCACCUCUUGCAUGUCGCGGGGUAUCAAUGUGUCGAGUUCGGGUGUCCUCGAUAAUGCUGUCGAUCUUCGAAGAGCAGCGUUAGCGAAAGUUAUCGAGUUUGAGGUCCCCAAAGCGCUACCACGUGCUAUCAGGCCUGAUCGAAAGAGAUGCCUCUCGCAAUGGUAUUGUGAUAGCGAUGUCACAGAUGAACAUGCCAAAACACACACAAGCUAACAUUGCGGCGUCGAUUUUCCAUUCUAGGCCAUUCUAGCGUGCCUUUCUUGAAUGUCCGAACUGUUUUCCCACAUCCCGAUCGUAGAACCUGUUCCUUCGCUCAGUCUCAUCCUCACAUCGCAAUGGCACCGCUUCGUCAUCAAAAAAUGCGCGUAUUUGCGCAUUUCUACCACAGACCCGACCCCUGCCGUGACGUUACGACCUUCCCAGUUUCAUCUCAACCACCCAGUCCAGGGCCGCAUGACUGGUUCCUGUUACCACCGCCCCUACUCGAUUUAGCGGACAUGUGGUCACGUCCCUUCCUUCGAGCGCCAUCAUCUAUGCCACAAUACGCCACGCCAGCUAUAAUCGCCGUGUCUCAGCACAAUCACCUCUCCAUUUCGACUUCUACCUCUGACAAAUCAUCAAUAGAGGAUAGUAAACCUCGACCGACGAGCAAUGGAGUCAAUGUGACGAGUCAGCAGGACCCACCCCAGCAUCCUGAUUGCUACUUGAAGUUUGGAUGGAAUGGUUAUGACGUGGUUCUCCAAGCGUACGGGAGGCAGGCAAUUGUCGUAGCCGGGCCCAUAUGUUGCUUAGGCAAGGAGAUGAGAAGCCUCAGGAGUCAUUUUAUGGGUGGAGUACACAAAGCUCUUUGCCCAUUCAAAGUAGAAGGACAUGCAAUGUGCGCAAUGUGCAAUACAAAUGGCAUUCUGAAGAUUGUCCAGCACAAACAAGGGGGUGAACAUGUUAUGCCGGGGAUUGUACGUAGAGUAGUGAGCCAGGGCGAUUUCAGGCCGGAUAGAACGUUGCCGAUUUUCUUCCCUCCCUUGCAUGCACUGCUACAGUGCGUACAACCAUCCCUUCUACCGCCAGCUACCACCGUGGCUUCGGUGGCGCACGUGCAGUGGUCAUUGUGCUCGGUCCACUCACCAUCACGCUGCCAUCGAGCCACAUUGACAAAGCCACGCCUGUCCGAGUGA